AUGGAGGAUGAGCGCCUAUGGAACAGCCUGCUGGGAGAAGGAAUUGAAGCCCACAGUGAGCUCAGAGCAACUUUCUUGACACCAUGGCAUUUGGCAGUCUCUGUACUUGAUGAGGCUGAUGCAAUUACAGUCUUUCGUCAGUUGGUGUCUGGAGAACCUGAGAUCUUUUACGAGCAGCAGGGACGUUUACUCUGGCGCUGGAUAGGGCGUAAUCAAGAUCUCUUGCAACGGGUGCAGGCACGCUUGCUCUCCAAAUGCAGGAGAGUGGAGGCUUACAUGGCUCCACCCGUGUCUGCCGCCGAGGUCUAUGACGCUGUUUCCAGUCACCAUGUGGUCUUGAAGAAGGUGGUACGACGCUCUCAGCGCAGGUGGCUUACUGCAGGAUCAGGGACGUUAGCUGAGAUAGAGCAAAAGAGUAAGCAAUUUUGGGGAAAUAUUCUGCUGGGAUAUAUGGUAGAGGCCCAGUUACCCUUCAGUCAGCUACCGGUGGCAGAUGAGUCUCAAAGGCGUGAGAUUGCAUUGCGGGCUUUUGGAGCAAGGCGCUCCAAGACGCUGAGGAACAGGGCCAGAUGCUGGAGGAAGGCUAGGGAUUGGUUUCUCUCCUUCAAAGGUACAGCUUUCCCGACCAGUAAUUUGGACGUUGUGGGUUAUAUGAUCUUUCUAGAACAGGAAGUGGGCGCCAAGAGUUGCAUCAAUGAUUUUCUGGCUGCCCUGUCAGUGCUUGAGGAUGCGGGUCAGGUAUCAGUUUCAAAUCAGCUCUGCAAGGAUAGACUGGUUCUGGCAGCAUCGAAGAGCUACGUUGCCUCGGCUCCUUCGGGACAAAAGCAGGCGCCACCUUUGACAGUCGCCAUGUUGAUCUCUUUGGAAUUGUACGUCUGCGAUCGUCGAAAUCCCAUGUAUGCUAGAUGCCUGGCGUGGGCCUGCCUCUUGUGCGUGUGGGCCUGUAUGAGGAUUUCAGACUUGCAGGGCAUUGACAUGUCGCGGCUAAAAUUGUUUUCAGCAGGUUUGAGGGGCAGCCUGGUGAGGACGAAGACUACAGGGAGCGAUAAGAAGGUGGCGGAGGUUCCGUUCUUCGUUAGGCGCGAUGCCAACCUUUCUGGCUCGGACUGGCUUCGAAUUGGGCGUCAGCUCUGGGUCGAUCUAGGCCACUUGAACCGUGAUUUCCUGGUGUGGCAGACUGGGGCAGCUAUGGAUGAGCCGAGGCUUCGGUAUGCAGCUCCCGAAGUCAUUGCCGGUUACAUGAGGAAUGUUUGGGCACACUUGAGGGUUCCUGAAAAGAAGUUUGGGCGUCAGCGCUGGGAGCUUAAGGAGGACGCUUGGCUUCUGGCGGGUGACUGCUACAUGUUCUGGAGUGGGCAUAGCAUGCGUCAUUUUCUUCCGACAGUUUCAGCGAUCUUUGGUGAGCCGAAGGACAGGCGAGACUAUCUAGGGCGUUGGCAUGUGGGCUUGCAUCAGAGUGCUGACUAUUUACACACAUGUCGUCAGAUCGUCCUGGAUGUUCAGAAGCUUGUGUGCGACAAACUGUGUGGCGGAAAGCCCGGCUAUGACGAGGAUGAGCUCUUUGCGGAACUGCGGCAGUGGCUUGUCGUCAGGGGUUGUGAUCCUGACCCGGUGGUGAAAUCGCAUAUGAUUAUGAGGCUGGUGGAUGGGGCGAGGGUCCUCAACCAACGCUGGCCAAUGAUCGGCGGAUUCGGUGAGGCCGAGGCCGACGUUUCUCUACCGGAGGGCCAGGAGGAGGGAGCCCAAGGACAAGCCUCCCCCUUCUGGGUCAGCGUGAGCCGAAAGUCGGGGCAGGAGACUUCACAUUCGCAAUCAGUGCUGGGUGUCGCCUUGGAGCUGCCGUCAGGUGGAGGACGUCUGGAAGGUCACAGAGAAUUCCGCAGACAGCUUUUGUCGACUAUGUUACCGAGAUCGGACAGAAACCAGCUCCAGCUCAGGUGA